UAGUUCGCGAGCGACCUUGGGAGAGCAGGACUACUUUUUAUUGGCUAAUACUUCCCCGGGCGGGCCAAGGAUAGUCCAAGACGAUCAUCGAUUAGUCAGUGCCACUUGGGGCGCGGCGCGAAGACAGAGUGGAUUGGCGAACUCCUGUACGGGUGGGCACUCGGAGCGCAGCGGGGCUCGGGAUUGGCCGAGGCGGCGAAGGCGGGGCGGGACAGAACCAGGCGCCGGUUCCGGGCCGGGUGGCGAUGGCGCCGGGUUCCUGGCGCUGGGUGCGCGGUGUCUGGGCAGCGGGGCAGCCCCUGUUCCAGGGCCGCGCGCUGCUCGUCACCAACACGCUGGGCUGCGGCGUGCUCAUGGCGGCCGGGGACGGCGCGCGCCAGGCCUGGGAGAUCCGUGCGCAGCCCGGCCAGACGUUCAGCCCGCGGCGCUCAGCCCGCAUGUUCGCCGUGGGCUGCAGCAUGGGCCCCUUCCUGCACUACUGGUACCUGUGGCUGGACCGAGUGCUCCCCGCCGCAGGCCUGCGCAGCCUCCCGAACGUGGUCAGGAAGGUGCUUGUGGACCAACUCGUGGCCUCGCCGCUGCUGGGCGUCUGGUACUUCCUGGGCCUUGGCUGUCUGGAGGGCCAGACACUGAGCCAGAGCUGCCAGGAGCUGCGGGAGAAGUUUUGGGAAUUCUACAAGGCUGACUGGUGCGUGUGGCCCGCAGCACAGCUGGUGAACUUUCUCUUCGUGCCCCCCCAGUUCCGGGUCACCUACGUCAACAGCCUGACGCUGGGCUGGGACACAUACCUGUCCUACCUGAAGUAUCGGAUCCCAGGCGCUCUGCCAUCCCAGGCUUCGGACUGAGCUGCCCAGGCUCAGUUCCGGGUGCCAGACGGGUGGCACCCGCGGAGCGGACCACUUCCGCCAGAAGGGGAAGCGAUUCCGCCGGCCGGAGUCAGGCCUCAGCGAGAGACCCGUGACCCAACCGCCAGGCCCCGCCGGUCCGGAGCCCCAAGACCUCAUCACUGCCCUGACCUGGCUCCAGCCAGGCAGCCACCCAGCAGGGCACGGUGCAGUCCCUGCAGCACCCCGCGUGUCUCCGUCACGCGCGCUGUGGGAACCCCAUUAAACUCUGCAACCACAGGG